AUGCAGGAGAAUCUGACAUGGCAAAGAGAAGCACCAUCAUGUCGACGUUGUCGGCAAUUCGGCGUCCAAUGCGAAGGAUACGGUGUCCGCUUGAACUGGGUACAUCUGAAUACAUCGAAUAUCCUUCACGAGGCCGACCAUGACGCUGAUACUAGCUCAUUGCACAAGACGCCGCGACGAGCUUUGGCGCACUUGGGCGUUUCAUCAAUCCCACGGCUUCCAUCCCCAGAAGUCGACGUAGCACUAUCAUACAUCGACGAAUGGUCUCCUGGAUUAGACAGACGACUCGACCAAGGAGGCUUCUCCGUAUUCGCCAUCGAUUCUGUCCGGUCGGGAACCUCUGACCUGGCGCUCCCGACACCGUCUGACUCGGCGUACCGGGACACUGCGGAUCAAACUAUCGACGACGGAGGGGAUUGGAUCCCAUCAUCAAGCACAAUUAGCCCCUCUGCGUCAGAGACUCGCCGUGUCAGAGAUACCGUGCCCGUCGCACAAACGCUCCUAAGCCUCUCAAACAACGACUUCAACCGACCGUCAACUCCCGCCGACACCGUCCCCAAACAGCGUCGAAAGCAGCCGAGCCCAGGAACCCCCCGCCACUUGGACGCUCUGUCCAUGCCAUCGAGUCAGAAAAGGCUGAUACAUCACUGGGUGACCUUUACCAGCCGCAAGCUCGUUCUCAUUGACGAGCCGCACAACCCCUGUCGCAUCAUGAUGCUGCCCAUGGCCCUCAGAGGCCUCAUGUCCAACGCAAAAGAGUCAAACUCCAAUGUUGUCAUUUUCCACGCUCUCUGCGCCUCCGCCGCCAGCAAUCUGUACGAACUAAGCGACCGCAUCAAUGAGCAAGAUCGUAUGCUUGCCCUCAACCAUGAGCAACAGGCCAUUUGCCAUCUACGCAGCAACCUAGCACAGGCAGACAACCACCAAGACCAGUCGUUUGCCAUGGCUAUCAUGGCGUGCAUCACGGCGGACGCCAUCUCGGGGAUGACUAGCCGGUGGCGGGCGCAUGUCACUGGUGGUCUGGCAUAUCUCGCAAAACUCCACGCUCGAGGGCUGGACGAGGCUGUCGUGGCCGCCUUCCAGAGACAUAUGGUUUCAAUGGCCAUUUUGUGCGAGGUUCCUGUCCCGAAUGACUUGAAGGCGUUCCUCGACGAUGAAACUGCGUCUGAAGGCCUAGAAUUUACGUUUCCUUACUAUGGGGUGUCGAGGUCGUUUUUGCGAGCAUACGAUCGCAUGAAUUCGCUUGGGGACGUGGUGAAUGAUCCGAGUCCAGAAUUAGAGAAGGAGCUGGAUAUAUUUCAGCUUCAGCAGUACCUCAAUUUUCCUACUUUGCCUCCACAGGAGAUAUUGGCUCCUUGCCAAACCCACGGCUUGGUGCUUCAUCACACGGCCAAAGUCUUUUAUUACGCGGGGCUGGUGUUCUUUCAGCGCAGUAUACGGCGUGAGGCGCUUGACACGGUCCAAUCUCUCGUUGAGCUAGGUAUACAGGAACUCGAGUCGAUUGAGAAGGUUGGCAGGGGUGAAUUGGGCUGCAUGAUGUUGUGGCCCGUAGUUGUGUUGGGCGCAGAGUGCACGGGGGCGGUGCUGCAGAAUAGAAUGCGUGUGUGGUUCAGGGGUCAACGUAAACUUGGGUUUCGGAACCUUGUGGUGCUUCAUGAAAUGAUUGAGUCAAUAUGGACGACGAGAGUAGCGUUGGCUGGGGCUGACAGAAAUAUAGACUGGCGGGACAUUAUCGUCUCAGAUGAAUUUGAUGUAUUCAGGCUAUAG